AUGUUCGGGAUUCAUGUUCAUGUAGCAAGCAGUGCUCGUGACGCAUGUUGCCGCGCCUGGCUACCCUCCAGUGUGCGUCCGCUGCAGUGGCGAGACUGCGAGAGGGUGGCGACCGAACCAGCGGACGCCUCCAGGACGGCGGCAGAAUCUAGAGAACGCCUGUUGGCAGCAGUCAUGUCUGGCCCUGAGUGUUCUUGUCCCGUUCCGGCAGCCGUAGAAACACAGAACACAUAUGUUACUCCUGAGAAUACCGAAAGUGCACCUACUUGUCACACUUGCGAUGAUCAUUUUGGCCAGGAAGCUGUAACAGCCUUACAUACAGGUGCGGCUGCCCCCUCGGUUGUUGAAAUGCAGAGAGAGUCAGAGCCAACCUGCAGCGCCGCCAGCAAUAAUGGCUGCACGCCCGCAGUCCGGACAGCGGUGGAGAAAAUCCAUCUUCUUCCUAUUUCUGAGGGUGCCCCCAAACCUUGGAUUUUCGCCGCGCUCACGAACCUCAUGAGGGAAUGCACGACUGUGCGGCAGUACAUGUACGUGAAGGUGAAGCGGCCGGCCAAGGAGAACCGCUCGUCUCGGAAAACAAAAGUCACUGAAAAUACGGCGAGUGACGCAACUACAGACAUGACAGAUGUGGAGUACACGUACAUUGUUGUAGCUUGUUUACCGCACUCGGGUGUGAUUACACCCUCGACAGUUGUAUUCACCUCGGGCAGUCCCCUAAAACCACUGCGUCGAGUGCAGCUCCUGGCUCUUGUGCACCCCAAUAGCUCCUAUGCAAGGAGGGCAGGAGUUUCAUCAUAUUCGGAGGCCUUGCAGCGCGGCCUGGUUGGGGAGGCUAGUGCAACGCAGCGCACGAUGAGCAGCAGCAGCAGUAGUAGUAGUAGACGCACUAGGCAAAGUAACGACGCCUCGCGACCAGGUCCAAUCGCCAGUGCGUCUUCUGACAUUGGUAGCACUCGAGGUGUGGCAGCUCUCGCGGCUGCAACAAUGUCAGAGGCAGCCCGCCAUCAGCUGGGAUCGCCCUUCAGCUGGGGCGUGUCUCAAGACUUUGGCGAGCGGCGACGCAGGGGGGGGGAUCGGCGUCGCAUGCAAGAGUAUACGCGGGCUGAGGACGUCAUUGCUGCGGUGCUUGACGCCACAGAUUCGGCCUCACAAGGUAGCAGCGAUGAGGACGAGGAAGUGCUGGGAGGCAGCACCGCUUUCCACCUGAGCGACACUGCAGGCAACGAUGCAUGCGCCACUCAUGAGGAGUUCGCUGGGCGCGAGCAGCAGCCUCUGCAACAACAGCGCACGCUCCAGCUGAAUUUCAACUUCCCCUGCGCCUCGCCAUCCUCCUUGGGGGAGUUGGCGGCCCCCAGAGACGGCGCACACGCCUCUGCGGAUUCACAGGGAAAGGCCCCAUUAAACACCAGUUUCAGUGAACAGGUUCUGUUCCACGAUUUUGUGGCUCCCUAUUUUCGCGCUCGGAGCAGUCUCUGCUUCCCACCCCCCUCUCCGGCAAGCCCCGGAUCGGGGAACGCCGCGUGUAGUGACACCGCAGUGGUCGUUUUUCCAGGGAAGCAGCUGGUCAUCAAGGAUUUGACCUUUGUGGUUUGGGCCACCGAUCCGGAAAACAACCCAGGCUUCGUACGGAAAGACACGGCCAUAUACAUCUCCGUGGAUCCGUGGGGGGAGUACCGGCGCGUGCACAUCUUGCCGUUCGCCGAUACGCUCCCGACUACCUACUCCUUCCGCCUCUUUGAGGACUAUUUGCAGCCUUUUCUGAAGGAGCAACCUUGGCGCCUCAUCCGUAAAGGCGAUAUCUUUACCUUUAGAGGCGUCGAGUUCAAAGUCAUUGCGACAGAGCCGUCUACGAUUCCCGUCGCCCGGGUUGGCCCCGAAACGGUGGUGCACUUUGAAGGCUCCCUCAAUCCGUCGCUUAUAGAUAUAUUGCCUCCAGAUAUCCUGGCACGCGUUCGCAGACUGCCGGCCCGUGUGCAGCCCUUUGCGAUCGUGGCGGCCGCACAGACUAUGGACCCACAGUUGCUCCUCCGUGUCUUGCCGUCUGGCAAUGUGAGAGGGAACUCACGCGGAAUGGAUGAGGGGCUGGAAGCGGCUUUGGAGAGGCAGCUGGUAAGUCCGUUCUGCCUCGCAGUCUAUCAACGUCAAUAUAUGCACUUGUGCCCGCGAAAAGAGCCGGAGACUCCUCCGCGGAAGCGCACCGAUAAUGAGGAGGGGGGCCCCUCCGAGGAAGAUGGGCCGAGCACAGGCUGUGCAGCCUUGUCAAAUCGGUCUGCUUGCCCUAAGUCCGCCGCAGCUGCGGCAGAAGCCACAUCUGGUGAAGGGGAGCUCGAGGCUCCAAGCUGCACCGUCUGCACAGUGCAACUGCAGGAAGGGACUGAGUCUGUGGUGUUGAUGUGUGGGCAUGCCUUCCAUUGGGGCUGUGCGCGGGCCUGGCUUAGGUGUAGUGCCACCUGCCCCAAUUGCAGAGCUGAAGUUGUAGUAUCUCCGGAGGAGGGGGGCAGUAGCGUAGCUUCUCAGGCUAGUGUCGGGACGGCAGCCUUAGGUUUCGUGAGGAACGCCCUGCUGGAUUUCUUUAGAAACUGA